AUGCAUUUUGCUCCUCCUCGUCCGCUUUGCGCCGGUAGACUAGUGUUCAAGCUGGACGAUGCUCAUGGGCUCGCGAAGACGCGGGCUAACUUCCUGGCACUUUGUACGGGGGAGAAUGGCAUGUGCAAAAAUGCUCCGAACAAAAAACUGCAUUACGUCGGCUGCCCAAUGCACAGGGUUAUCAAAGGAUUUGUCGUUCAAGGUGGAGACAUCACAAGGGGAGAUGGAUCUGGUGGCGAGUCGAUAUAUGGCGGUAAAUUCAACGACGAUAAAGACGGCUUGAGGCGUAAGGUACAGCGAGGAUCUCUCGCCAUGGCCAACUCGGGGAAGAACACCAAUUCGUCCCAGUUCUUUGUUGUCCUCACCGAUGACAACGCCAAGCUGAACAAAAUGAAUGGAAAGUAUGUCGUAUUCGGCGACGUAGAGUCUGGAUGGGAAGUUUUGGAUACACUAGACCAAGUGGCUGGGGGAGCAGACGGAAAGAGUACAAAGCCAGUAUGGAUCGGUGAUUGUGGCGUAUGUUAA